AUGUUUCUGAAAACUCCGCCGGCAUAUAGACGCAGUCGGAAGUGGCCGUUCAACGGUGGUUUUCGGACUUCACGUGCCAUGGGGACAUAUCAGCCAGACAGGGGACUUUCUCCUUUGCGGGGAAGUGAAGGAAAGGGAAUGGAUGAAACGUGGCCCGUGAAUCACCUGAGGAAUUCCGACUUGCGGUGCCGUGUGAAUGGAGACGACGAACUCGGGGGAGAGGUAAAGACGAUGCACCAGGAGGAACAAGACAGGGGUAAAACAGCUCAUGAACAACCCAUGAGGAGAGCAACUCGUGAACAACUUGUGAAGAAAGUGGAGAAGACCUACAAGUUUGAUGUACCUCAGUUUAGGCAACUACCUUCUCCCACUGAAUCAGGGAUAGCAUGGAAUAGAAACAUGCAGAUAAAUGAUGGGAGACAGAGUGUGACCUCCAGUCAUAGCAGCUUUGAGGAGAUGGAGAGGAUGCUCCUGGAAAAAUUUGUCAGACGAACAAAGGGCUCACAAGAAGAUGCUGACUGCAUUCAGAGAGAACCUGCAGGAGUCAAGCCACAGGAACAUGCUACUCAACAGAAUCAGGUAGAUAUGAAAGAAGAGCCUCACAAUCACUCUUCAGCUCCUGUGGUGUCUGUCACUGACUUCCUCAAAGCCCUUGAGAGCCUGGGUGUACAAAGACACACAACUGACCAUUUGGAAAAGCAUGAAGAAGAAUUGGAAAAAGAAGUUGAUGAGAUAAAGACUCAGAGGGAUGAGGAGAGUAUUAAAACCAAUCAUGCAAAGGAGACAAUCGAAGAGGUGCAAGUUGACAAUUCUGAAUCUCGGAGAUCUUCAGCAGAUGACUCGGAACUUAAAUCAAGGAAGAGGAGGAGUGAUGAAAUGGAAGGACCAUCACAAGAGAAAAGACCUUUGCCACCUGUUGAAAGAAAUGAGACUCUGGAAGUGCAACAGGGAGAGCGCAUCAUUAUUCCUAGGCAAAAGAUCAGAAAGAAUUCUGUGUCACCUACCAAAAAGGUCAUGCCAAAGAAGACACAAGAGAAAAGUGAAGUCAAGUGUGAAGCCAGAAGACCCAUUUCUAAGAAAAGUUUGGCUGAAUGGAAAAAAGAAAUAGAAAGUUUGAGGCAGAAACGAAGACAGCAUUGUGUAGCUGUGAUGAUGGCUCAUCCAGAACCAACAGUCAAAGAACGACAUUAUGAUCAAACAACAGUGCAAAAAUACAUCAAGGAGAAAAGACACAAAAGGCAGAAGAAGAAUGUUGAAGAAGCAAAGACAAAAAUGGAGAGAGAUGGACAGAAAAAGAUAUUACUGAAACAGUUGGAUGAAGCUAGAAGAAUAGGAAAAAUGAAGCCACCUCAUGUGGGUACUCUGGCAAAAGAUCUGUUACAGGCUAAAAGAGACCUUCCUGACUCCCAAGAAGGUAGGAGUAGAGUGAAACGAGAGGAAAUGGACAUAAAAGAAGGUUCAGGAGAUACAGAAGAAUAUGCAUCAAAUGAAGACAGGAGGAGAGACAUUCAAGUGCUAAUAGCUUCAUUAAGAGCUCGCCUACAAGUGGAAUAUCCCCUUCUGUCAGGAAUGCCUCCUAAUGUUUCACUGCCUCAGCCUGAAGAUAUUAAAGGAAGAAAGGAAAAGCAGGAGGAAGCAGUUCGUAUAAUUCAAAGAUUCUUCAGGAAGGUCACUCUGAGGCAGAAGAUGACUGCUAGGAAUGGAACUGCCCAGUCUGAGGUUCCAGAACAGGCUGCUAGAGCUACAGCUAGAGAACAGGAUGCUAGAGCACCAGACAGAGCUGUCCAGGAUGCACACACUCCAUCCUUUGACCCAGACCCUUACAACAUCAUCAAUUCCCUCCGCAGGAAGCUCAAGUAUGGAGGAUUGAAGUUCUCAGGACUAAAUGUCCUUCAUAUUCCCCUUCAAGAAAAGUUCCAGGCAACAGAAAGAGGAAUGCAGACAGAAUCGAUCCCUGUGGAGGAGAAAAUUCAUGAAGGUGACAUUGAAUAUCGAAGUGAUUUUGAUUCACCAUCUCACUUUCUGGAGGAGUCUCACCCAUAUGAAUCUCAUGAAACUUCUGUGCAAUCAAUCCAAGAAACAAAUAUAACUGUCUCUACCACGUCAAGUAGUGCUGCUAUCUCAGCAGAAUUGCCAGCAAGCAAAAUGGGCUUGGAAGAGCAGUUGAAUUGUGAGAGAUUGAGAUACAGGGAUCUGCUGCAAGAAAUGGAACAAAUUUAUCAUGAAACUAAGGAGAUGCUUCAGGAAUCAUCUCAGAGUCAUGCUGCUAUAACUCAGCAAACAGCCAAGGCUCUUAAGGCACUGUCUCAGCUAAGUCAUCAAGCUGCUGCUCCCACGUGCAAUGCAGAGGUGCAGGCACCAGAUUAUGCCAUUGUAUCAUCAAAAGGGGUGCAAGUUAAUGUGAAUGUGUCUGAGUCCAUGCAGUCUUCAUCUAUGUUCAAGUCAUCGCAAGUUGAAGGAAAGCAGAAAUCACCUGGGAAUUCUUUUCAAAUGGAAACCAUUCCAGAGAGCUUUAAAUCUGAUGCACAUGCAUCUUCAAGCAUUCCAGAAAGCCAGAAAUCUGAUGAGGGCACGUCUGUGAGUGUUCCAGAAACCCAGAAGUCUGAUGCAGGUGUAUCUGUAAGCAUUCAAGAAAGCCAGAAGUCUGAUGAAGGUGCAUCUGUGAGCAUUCCAGAGGAGUUAACUGAUGAUACUAGUACAAACAGCAAGGCCCCAGACAUCUACAGUGAAGGAGAGGGGUAUUCCAGCGACUUUGAAGGUUCAGGAACAUCACUGAUACUGCACACAUUUAAAGUGAAGCAUCCAGAGUUUGUAGAACUGGGCUCAGGUGCAGAGAAGGAAGAGACUGAGCUAGUUGCUCAGGAAACUAACACAAAGGGCCUAAACUCUAGUGAAGCACAGGUGUCUCUCCAGUCUUUCAUCACAGAGUCAGACUCAUUCACACAGAUGAAUAUUUCUCUCCUUCAACAUUUCCUGGAGGAUGCAAAUGCUCGGGCCCAGAGGCAGAAAGCUCUUGUGAGUGCUAAGGAAGCAUCCUUGAGACAGAAAAUGAUGUUGCGUUUCACCAGGCUCCAGAAGCAAAAAAUUCAGUGCAAGGAGAGAGGAGAUGAUGCACGACUUGGCUCUCUAAAAGCAACGGAGCAAAAACUUGUACAAAAGUACCAAGAGGAAAAACAGUACCUCCAAAAAGUGAGAGAGGAAUUGUACCUUGAGACACAACGGGAGAGGGAGAGACUUCUUCGCCAUCAUCACCAUAUCCUCCGGCUUCGAAAACAACUUCAGCUUGAUACUUCUCCCUCACAAGCCACAUUACCCAUGGAGUCCUUAGAAGUAGCCUCUAGCACAUCUGAGUUGUUGAAAGAAGAGGCAUCCAGUUCUUCCGCAAUUGAGUCUCCACUCUUGCCCAUGGAGGUCAAAGAAGAAGGAGAAAGAGAUAAAGAUGGAGGAGAAACAAAGAAAACUGGUAAGAGUGGCAUAACCUUUGUAUCCAAAGUUUCUACAAGUUUAUCUUCGGAUGGUGAAGAUUGGAGUCCUGCCUCCUCAACACGAACUAGUGCCAAAGCAUGGCAUGGUCUCAAGAAGAUAGAGAGUGAGAAAAGACAUUUGAGUCGCAGAGAACAGCAAUUGGCAGAACGAAGGAAGAAUGUGGAGGAACUGAUUCAGUGGAAGCAGAGGUUGGAAGCUGAGGAGAAACAUGUACAGCUACUGGAGCACCAAGCCUUUCUUCUUCUGCGUGAAAAGAAGCAGCUCCCUCUUGUCCACCCCUCUUACUCAAGAGAUGAUGGUUCACAGCCAGUGAGUGAUGCAGAAAAAACUUCCACGCCCAAAGAACCAAGCUCACAGUCACAACCUAAGGAACCCAGUGGCAGUGCUUCCAUCCCUGAAGAGUUGACACAUUCUGUUUCCCAUCCCAUUGAGAGUGAAGCUCUGCUGGAGGAGGUUUCUCACAUUGGUAUGGAUACAUCACAUUCACAGGACUCUUUGGAUUCUGCUUCAGACACAUCACCUCAAGGGAUGCCUCGCUCUUCUCUUGUGGACAAGUUGCGCAAGAAAAGUGGCCUUGGAAACCGCUCAGCCCUGAGCCCAAAAGCUAGGCUGCAUCAGAAGGAUUCUAGUGGAUCUGAGGAUUCCAUGGCACACUCACAGAAUGAAACUGCAUCUGAUGCCAGUGAUGUAGAGAGCCGAAUAGCAGCAUUAGAACAGCAACUAAGGCGAAGGUCUGCUGAAGCUGAGAAGCUGAAGAAGGAACAGAAAAGGCGUUAUCAUGAGAAACUUCGGAGCAAGGAACAAGCCCUAUUAAAGCAGAUAGAAAUGUAUGAUGCCCUGAUUAACCAAACCAGAGCAGAUUUGGAACAGGAACUUGGCCUUGCCAACUGUGAAGCUCAUGCUGGAGCUGUUAAGCCAGUCAUAAAACAUCCUUGUGUGAGGCAGAAGGAAAUUAAAGCAACUGCUUCUGAUCAGUCCAUGCAAGAAGACAGCUCCAAGGUUAUAGAAAACUUGACCGAUGAUGAUGUCCAGCCAACUGUGGCCAGCUUGGAGCCUUCUUAUUCUUUGGAUUUUGAAGAAUCCAGAGUUAUGGAUGCCACAUUUCAGCAUCCUUAUUUUGCACCUGAUUCUUCAAAAGAAUCAGGGAAAGAAGAGAAGGCCCAUGCCUUAGUUGACAACUUGGUUUCUUCUUUACUGAAUGAGUCCAUCAUGAAAGUGGAGAGCAUUGUGGUGAGAAAAGAGACAAGAAUCAAGGAUGUGACUGAUUUUUAUCUACAAAGCAUGCUAGAUUCUGCGUUGUCUGAUGUCCUUGGAAUCUGGGAACAGAAGUGGAGGGCAAGAAAGGGAGGAGAUGAAACUGAUGCCAGUGAAAAGAGUGUCAGUCAACGGAUAUCUGAUAUUAUGGCAUGCAUUGGAUUUAAAGAGCCCACUCCCUCUCCAUCCAGUCCAAAGCUUCUCACUCCAUCCUUCACAUUUGAUCUACCCAGCCCUGAGUCCACCUCACCAUUGCCACCCUCUGAGAAGCACGAUCUGAUGGCCCCACUUCUUCCAGCUACUGUUGUGCUCCGACCUCAUCAGAAGGGAUUGCCAAGUGAAGAUGGUGUCUCGAUCGAGAGGCAAGGUUGGAUAGAUGAUGAUCUCGUCUUGAUCUCACAUCAGAUGGAGCAUGAAAAACUUCGCAGGCAACAGGCCAAAAUUGAGCAUGAGAUCCAGGAACUGGAAGCCCUCCAACAGCUGCAGCAGAUUCAGCAACAGUAUCCUAAUUACUUCAUUCGCGAGAUACCCAACAAGCCCCCUCCUCCCUACACUCCCCCUUUUUUACCUUCUGAGAAUUUGACACCAGCAGGUCCUCAUUCCCUGAGCAAAGCUGAUUUGCAGAAGUUGGCUGAGGAAGUUCUUAAACCAAUCCCUAGCAAGAAAAAGGAGGUUGAGGACCUAGUCAUGAAGAUUGCCUCAGACAUUCUGGAAACACAUGAGAAAGGAGUUCCAUUGGAGCAGAUCUCUCCAAACUCCAAUCUCACAUCUGCAGAAGAAUUACUGCAGAAUGGGGCUGAUGCACAUGCCAGAAAGUUCUUCAAAGACUUCCUUUUUGACUUCACCAAAGAACUGUUGGUAAAUGUUUUAAUCAGGGAUGAGUCUGUGCCAAGACCUGCUUGGACUCGAUCAUCUCAGAUUCCUCAUUCAGAGGAAGAACUGAAAAGGAUUGUGGCCGACCAAGUCUUGUGCACCAUGGGACUGGUUCCCCGCACAAAUAAGGACAGCCUCAUUAUACGGUGGAGCAAAAAGAAGAGGGAUCAUGUGGAUGAAAUCCUUAUACGAGAACUCCAGGAGGAAGAGAAGGAGUGGACCAACUAUGAUGCUGAAGAAGAGACAGUAAAACAUGGUCUGGCAAAUGCCAUUUUUGAUAAUCUCCUCUUGGAGACUGGGAAGAUAUUUGAAGGGAUUUUGUCAAAACGUGGAGGAGGAUCUUGAUGUUGGAACUCAUUCAGACUCAUUAUGGCAACCUUUUGUUUGGUUGGUGUCUAUAUAAGAGCACCAUUGUGAUUCCUGAGAUUUUUGUUUUUUCUCCAGAAUACUCCAUGAUGGUUUAUAAAUUUUUUGUGAUCUUUUGUCACAAUCCAUGUUCACUAUAUCACUAUCAUCUUC